AUGCGCAUCUGCAUCAUCAUCGUAGGCACCAGAGGCGACGUGCAGCCGUUCCUCGCCAUCGCCCAAAGGCUCCAGCGCGACGGACACCGCGUGCGCCUCGCCACCCACGCCGUCUACAGAGACUUCGUCAUGGACCACGGUGUCGAGUUCUACCCCCUCGGUGGUGACCCCAAGGAGCUGGCCGCCUACAUGGUCAAGACCGGAGGACACCUCAUCCCCACCAAGAUCGAGACGCUCACCAAGGACGUGCCGCGCAACAAGGAGAUGAUCAACGAGAUCGUCCACUCCACGUGGCCCGCCGUCUCGGCUGCCGACCCUAACGGAGGCGGCCCGGGCCUAUCAUCGCCAACCCCCGUCUCCUACGGCCACAUCCACGUCGCCGAGCGCCUCGGCGUGCCGCUGCACAUCAUGUUUCCGCAGCCCUGGGUGCCUACCAGAGCGUCCCCGCACCCGCUCGCCAACAUGCCGUACACGGACGAGCUCAAGAAGACCAACUACCUGUCGUACAAGAUGGUCGAUCUGCUCAUGUGGCAGGGCACGGAGGGGCUCAUCAACGAGUUCCGCACCAAGGUGCUCAAGCUGCGCAAGAUCCGCAACGGCGACGGCGGACGCGACCUGCUGCUGGACCUCCGCAUCCCGCACGCCUUCAUGUGGAGUCUGGAGCUCGUGCCCAAGCCGGCCGACUGGGGAGAUCUCUACGACGUCAUCGGAACCGUGACUCUGAGUGGCGGUCCCAGCAGCUCGUACACGCCGUCACCAGAGCUCGAAGCAUUCCUCAGCCGAGACGGCGGACCCAUCUUCGUCGGCUUCGGAUCCAUGGUGCUGGCCGACCCCAUGGCCACCACCAAGAUGAUCGUCCAGGCGGCACAGCAGGCGCGUGUGCGGGUGCUCAUCCAGUCCAGUUGGAGCGACAUGGCCGGCGACCUCGACAUCCCCGACAACGUCUUCUUCAUCGGCAACUGUCCGCACGACUGGAUCAUGCCGCGGGUGUCCCACCUCAUCGUGCCGUUCUUCGGUGAUCAGCCGUUCUGGGGCCACGCGGUCGUCAAGGCUGGUGUGGGUGUCGAGCCCUGUCCGAUCUUGAAAUUGACAACCGAGAAGCUGCGCGAAGCGUUCGAGGGACUCAUGAACCCGACACUGCGAGCUAAAGCGCUACAGGUUCGAAACGCUAUGCGCCGUGAAGACGGAGCGGGUGAAGCAGUCCGCAGCUUCUACCGGCACCUGCCGACACAGGACAUGUUCUGCGACCUGGACCACGAGCGGAUCGCCACGCGCUGGAGCGUUCGUGAUCGUUUGAAGUUGUGUGACCGGUGCGCGUUCAUUGUCGGCGAGCGGCCGGAGAACGCCGGCAAGAAGCUGGUGAGUUAUCACUGCGUGGACUACUCAGCGCGAGUCUUCUGGCACGAGAUUGCUGGGGCAUCUUCAGCCGUCUUCCGUCAACCCGUAAAAGGCUUUAAAAGAUCUGGCUACACUGGGGGCGUUGUUGGAGGUGUGGCCGGGCUUGCGCAAGCGUACAUCGUCUUCUACACGCGAGCACUUCUUGGGUGUGCCUUGCUUGUAGACCACGUGAUCGCCGGUCAUAUCAACUCGCAUCGCCUGGAAGGACAGCGAAAGCGAUCCAGCUUGCUCAGCCGGCACAUGAUGGCGACGUUGGGGGCUCAGAGAGGCCUGGCCGAUACUUACUGCUCUUCAAACGGCUCCGAUAGCGCGGGCAUACUUUUGCUCCCCUGCAAACAUGAGUGCAAGAGCGAAGGUGCUAUGGCUCUUCACUCGGUAUUCUUGAAGUCAUCAGGAUCAGUCGACUUAGCCAUCGAUACCCCCAACGAAGAGGCCGACUACAUCGACAAAGACACCAUCGCGCAGUUGCAGGCACUUCGAACGAGCGUGAACAUCAAGUGUUCCAUCCCUACCAUGAACGUCUGCUUGACUGCCAUGGGUUCGUGGGACAACGGCAUCAAGCAGUUCGCCGCGAUCGGAUUGGAACUCUCAAAACACGGCCACCGAGUUCGACUGGCUGCUAACGGGGGCUUUCGCUCGAAGAUCCUCGCGCUUGGACUCGAGUUCUACCCGCUAGAUGGCGCACCCAACAGUAUCCAGGAUGUUAUGCAGUUGAUACACGACGCUCAGCUCAUCCACGACGACGCUGAGCCCGGUCGUUCAAGUCUGGAAACACUGCAGGCCUUUCGAGAACUCAUUUACUCGUUGUGGCCUGCUGCAUACGGAUCUGACCCGCACGGCAAUGGCCCCAACAAACCUGGUGAACACUUCCGUGCCGACGCGCUGCUGUGGCAUCCGAUGCUGCUCGGUCACGUGCACGUGGCACAGCGUCUUGGUAUUCCGUUGCAGUGCGCUAGCCUGGACCCCCUAUCGCCAACGUUCGAGUUUCCUCACGUGCUGAGUUCCAAGCUGCUCUCGCACGGUGCUGUCGACGCAGCGCUGAACCACGGAAGUAUACAGGCCAUUAUGACCCAGUUCCGCUCAUUCAUUGGACUCUCGACUCGUUUGGAUCGUCCGGACUCGCUGGCCCAGUGGGAAGUCCCCCACGUGUACCUGUACAAUCCUGCAUUGCUUCCGAAGCCUCUGGACUGGACCGAAGAGAUCACCGUGGCCGGUCAUGUAACUUUGAAAGACGACCACGGACACCCGGACAUACCGCGAGCGCUGACUGAGUUCGCCUUCUCCAAGGCCGGCCCACCGGUGAUUUACUUCGGCGUGUCUGCGCGGAGCUUGGCUGUUAGUGAGGUUGAGGACUUGGUGCGGAAGGUCGACCAAGCUGCUCAGCGUCUGCACCUACGAGUCAUCAUACAACCCGACGUCCUGGCCGAGGGGCUCGCGGUUGGAAAACCCGUCGCUAUCUGCGGGUCACACCCUUCGCAGCUCUUCACAGCGCGUCUGUGUCAACGGGUCGGUGUGGGCAUCGCAUCGAUCGACCCGAAGACCUGCACUGCCGAGUCGCUGGUGGAGAGCUUCCAGCAACUGCUGCUGCCAGCUAUCCGAGACAAGGCCCAGGCGCUGGCCCGCACGUUCGACCCGAGCCGAGCGCUGGACGUCGCAGUGGGGUCCUUCUACUCCAACCUGCCGAUGGCAGCCAUGGUGUGCGACGUCGACCCGACGAAGCUGGCCCGCGUGUUCGACUCGCACCACAACCUGAAGCUGUCGCUGGAAGCUUACUUGGCGAUGCAGCCGGUCCGCGACGAAAGCAAGGGGUUCGUGCCGUACAAGCCGCUGGAGUACGACGGCUUCUGUCCGCCGGUGUUCUCGAUCCGCGGCAAUCCAGGCGAGAUUCCUCGAGACGCGAAGCCCCCGCGUGGUCUGGACGGCGUCAAUUUGGCUGACGAGCGGCGGUCGAGCGAGCAGAGUCAGCGCUCGUCCGAGUCCUCGUCGGGUGGAGUUGUCGCUCGGGUGGUUGAUACGGAGGUGUUCUGGACGUCGAAAGAGGAGGAAGAGGCCGAGCGCAAGUCGACCAACGCCGCGUACGAGCGUCUCGUGAAGCCACGAGGCCUGCGGAAGCGUGAUAAGUUAGCGCACAUGUUCGGUGGGAAGCCGAAGCAUGGCGAGCACUUGACAGCAAGAUAG